AUGAGUGGAGGAGGUGCUGAUAAAAUCAAUAAUAAUAAUAAUAAUAGUAUUGAAGAUGAGAAGAAAAAUCAUACUACUUUACUUCGAGUUGAUCCAGAAUCUGAUUAUUUUGAUUGUUCGGCGGUGGGUUUUGGGCUUGGACUUGGCGGUAUUGCGGAUUCUUACCUUAGUCGCGUAAUUUUUAAAUCUUAAUUUUUUCAAACCAAUGAAAGCAUCUGCACCAGCUCUGAUUAUGGAAAUUCCUUGGGUUGUUUUGAAAAAAAUUAUACCUUGCAUGAUUUUUGAAAUUAAAAAAUUUCAAAUUUUUUCUUUCUCAUUCAAUCUCCUUAUUCAUUUUUUAUUAUUUUUGCAGAUGGAAGGUGGAUCGGGAUGGACAGAUUCACUCGAAAAAGAUUUCGACAAAGCAUUCGUGUCACUCGAUUUACUUUUAGGCGAAAUCGAUUCGGAUCAAGUUGAGAUAACUUAUGAGGGAAGACAGAAAAUGACGAGUUUGAGUGCGUGUUUUGCACAAAUGAUGCAUAAAUCACAGUGGAUGAUGCAUACGAUUACUAAACAGGAAAAGGUUCGGAACAUUUUUUGAGGGAAUUUUAUUCUGAGGUGGGACUAAAAUCGACGAAUUUUCAAAUAAAAAACCAGGGUUUGAAUUUCACAUCUGAAAAUUUCGUUUCAAUUUUCCAUUCAGCUCUAAUUAUUUCUAUGAAAUCAUUGAAUUCCAGGAAAUUCUGUCACUGCGAAACGAAAUGAUUGAAGCUCAAUCAGGUCGACAAAGUAUGGAAAAGGAAGUGGAACAAUUAAUGCUUCAAGUUCAUACAUUACAAUGUCAACUUCAUUCAAAAACAGCUCCACAUGAAUCAGAUAUGAUUAAGAAGAAAUUGGAAACUCAAUUAACACAAUUUCGAACGGAUUUGAUGCAGGGUUUAAGUACAGUUUGUGAAUUGGAAUUAUCAAGGAAAGAGAGUGAUAGGUUAGUUAGAAUAAGUUGGAAGAUUGAAGGAAUUACGUCCAAAAAAGUUCUCUGAGAUAAUAUAUUGAAACAAGAUUUUUGUUCAGACAGAAGAAAACAAUCCAAGCAUUGGAAACUGAAGUAUUCGGUGCUCGGCUGGCUGCAAAAUAUUUGGAUAAAGAACUCGCUGGACGAAUUCAACAAAUUCAAUUAUUAGGACGAAAUAUGCGAGGAGUUGAACAUGAUCGAUUAUGGAAUCAACUUGAAGCUGAAAUUCAUUUACAUCGACAUAAAACAGUGAUAAGAGCGUGUAGAGGAAGAGGAAGUACGAAAGGAUUAUCAGCUCCAUUGAGGCAUGAUUUCAAAAUGUUGAGAAAAAGGAAUGGAGUUGGAAAGAGUCGGAAGGUGACGCUGAUUAAACAUCCACAUGAAGGAUUGGGUAUUUCGAUUACGGUGAGUGCGGAAUGAGGAGAGAAGGUUAUGAUAAAGACAAACUAAAUUUGGUUUCCAGGGUGGUUCUGAACAUGCUCUUCCAAUAGUGAUAUCCGAAAUUCAACCAGGUCAACCAGCUGAUCGAUGUGGACAAGUUUUUGUUGGUGAUGCGAUUUUAUCCGUAAAUGGAUAUGAUCUAAGAACUGUGAAACAUCAAGAAGCUGUGGAUAUUUUAAGUGGACAACAAGGAGAUUUAGACUUGGAAUUGGUAUUUGUUUGUCCGGAUGAAGAUAGUGAUGAUGAUGGAACUGUUAUGAUUGAACAUAGUGAUGGAUCGAUGUAAGUUGGAUGGUUUUAUGGAUCUGGGUAACUUCUUUGACUAAUCUACGGUAACUUAACUUAGCCGGGCAGAGUUUGAUUUGAGAAAUUAUUAUUAUGAAAACAGACCUAGGCCCAUUAUAAACUGACCUUUCUUAAUUUUCCCUGCCUCCAAAAAUAAUCCGAAUAAUUUUCAGCUACAAUUUAUAUCAUACCGAAGAACCAUCCUCAAGCCGAUCUUCAACAGCAUCUCAAAAUACAUCCGAAGAAACUCGAUGUUCCUGA